AUGAAGUGCGCAUCGAAUUAUGCGCUAAAGUGCGCGUUGAAUUCCGCGGCUAAUUGUACUUUGAAUUGCGCGUCGAAUUGCGUGUUUAGAGCUGUGCGAAUCGCGCUGUAUGAAGCGCGUACGGCAUUCAUUCCGACGGGGAAGCGUGUUUUGAAGCGCGCAUCGAAUUGUGCAACAAAGCGCGCGUUGAAUCCCGCGGCUGAUUGUACGUUGAAUUGCAUGUCGAAUUGCGCGAUUAGAGCUAUGCGAAUCGCGCUGUAUGAAGCGUGUACGGCAUUCAUUCCCACGCGGAAGCGCGUUUUGAGGCGUGCAUCAAAUAAUGCGGUAAAGCGCGCGUUGAAUUCCGCGGCUAAUUGUACAUUGAACUGUGCAUCGAAUUGCGCAUUUAGAGCUGUGUGA